UCUUCUAGGGCAACGAACGCGCGGGAAACUUUUUACUGAUUCACGAUCAUGCCUCAAGCCAAUCGGUCAAAUCGCUUGUGCUUUUAUGAAAUUAGGGUUAUUCUCUUUCGAAUCGAAUCAAAAUAAAGAAGAAAUGGUUUGGAAUUACCCAGAAAUCUCCAAGGAAGAUUUCAUCAAACUAUUGAAAGGGUUUGUGGAUUUGCUCAUUUUAGCAUCUGGGUUUCAAUCUUCUGGUGUUCCUGCUCAUUGGGAUGCUGAGAAUUGCAAGAAAGCUCUUCAAUGGGGUCUCUUCUUCGAAAAUGUCUUAAGAAGCAUAAAUGGUUCAGAUACGUUUGGGGAAUCUGUGAGAGAGCUUGACGAAGCAAUAUCAGAUAUAAAAACCAACCCUUUGUUCCCAAAGGGUUUGGAGAAUUUAUCAUCAGAUACUCUUUCAAAUGGGAGAGAAUAUGUGUUAGAGCAUUUGAUGAAUAACUCGACAUUGAAGGAUAAACAACUCCAAGCUAUUCUGGUUGCAGCGGUGGAAUCAGGUGACGGUAUUACAGAUAUAAUCGAUGGGAAACUCUGUAAGAGGCAAUCUGUUGUGUCCUGUGUAUCAGCACUUGAGACUGGUUUGAAUAUCCUUUCUAAGCACAUAGAGCCUAAAGAGUUGUUACAUAGAGAAGACAAUAAUACAACUUUCUUGAGCUCGGAAAAACAGCCUAUUGAGCUUUUGACCUGGAGCAUCUGGCAAUCGAAAGCUAUAUCUUAUUUUCUUAGUAAGAGAACCUUAAGAUUGGUAUCGGGAGCCAGCUUGAUAUUUUCUGCACCAAAAGCUCAGUGGGUAGAAGUGUUAAGAAGGCUGCGUGUCUCAGAUAAGAAUGAUGACGAUAUAUUCAUCGAAAAGAUCGAGCUAUUGUUAAUAGGAUGCGUUACAAGCAGAUGGACUCAUUUAAUCGAAGGUAUCAUGUCAGUUUCAUACAAAUCUGUCUCUGUGUCAGAACAAUACGAGGAGUUAUGCAAGCUGCUUCUUCAAAGAUCUAAAAGUUUAAAACAGAACGAGAUUGCUUUGAAUUCAAAGGUUGAAGAAAUUCUAGAGUAUCUAACAGAAAUACUAGAGAGUCGUUUACAUCACCUCUGGAAAUUACCUUCCGCCCUUACCGCAGCAGCAAUUCCAUCAUGGUCACCGCUGUUUGGUCUGUAUUUUGGUGAAAUAGAGAAACAGUUGAAACUAGACCACUCAACAACAAGAUGUUGUAGCUGUGAUAAAGAUCUAAACGAGCACAAGGACUGUGAGCUCGCGGAAAGAGUUUGGUGCUUGUACGUAUUCCAUAUCUGCAAAUGCCACUAGAUAGAAAACUAAUGGUCAUUGAUCAAUACAAGAAGAUCAGCUUUCUUCAAGGUAAGGAUCACAUUGAUGCAGAUGUUUUGUCAAUAUAUCUUAUGAAAACUCUUGUUUUCUUGCGUUUGCGAUUAGAUGAAGAAAAAAGAAUCACAAUCAGUUCAAUAACAGAAAGAUCCAGAAAUGAAAUUGAUUUCUAGUUCGAGAUAUUUCCUUUGCUUUAUUUUGUUUCUUUAAAAUUGAAUUCUCUUUGUUUAAUUGUGUUAUCAAUCGUUGUCUUUUUGACUCAUGUAACGUUACUUUUACGUCAUGUAACAAGAAAGCAAUUACGCGUGGGGUCUA